CAAGUUAGCUGAGAAUUACGUAAGUUGUAUAUGUUGGAUUUAGUUUAUUGUUGAAGUAGUAAUACUAAUUUAGCAAAAGUUUUAAGGGUUCGUAAGUAUAGUUGAUCAGGAUUCAGGACACAGAAUUUGCAGAUUGUGUAGAGAUCAAUCAUACAAAAAAAAAAAAUGGGUGGAUGUUUUUCAGAUUUGAAGGCUGGACAAGCCGCUGUUGGUGGACCAUUACCGAUGCUUGCUGCCGGACAUAACGAUGCCGUUGAUCACUUUUAUCGUAAAAAAGGUUAUCAGCCAUUAUUCACUCAAAUUGAGUUAUCUCUGUCUGCUUCAGGGCUGCUUGAUCUUGACAUUAUGUCAAAGAGUGAUCCCAUGGCUGUUGUUUACAUGAAGAAGCAGAAUGGGACUCUUCUGGAAAUUGGUCGUACAGAGGUCAUCUUAAACAACUUGAAUCCUGUUUUUAUUCAGAAAAUACCUGUUGCCUACCAGUUUGAAAUUGUUCAGUCACUCGUGUUUCAGCUAUAUGAUGUUGAUACAAAAUUUAACAAUGUGCCAGUUAAGGCACUCAAGUUACAGGAUCAAGAAUUUCUUGGAGAAGCUAGCUGUGUCUUGUCAGAGAUUUUCACUAAACGUGAUAAGACUUUGACUUUAAAGUUGCACAACCAAAGAAGGAAAAAUGCAGGCAUGGUAACUGUUCAUGCAGAAGAAACUCUUGCUACUAAACAUGCUGUAGACCUUGUAUUCCGUUGUACCCAUCUGGAUAACAAAGAUAGCUUUUCCAAAAGUGAUCCCUUCUUGCGCAUAUCCAGGAAAGUUGAGACUGGAGAUGCUAUUCCAAUCUGCAAGACAGAGGUGAUUAACAACAACCUGAAUCCUGUUUGGAGGCCUCUUUGUUUGACUACACAACAGUUUGGAAGCAAGGAUAAUCCAAUGAUUAUUGAGUGUUUUGAUUUUAACAGUAAUGGUAGUCAUACUCUAAUUGGAAAACUUCACACAUCAAUGUCAGCCUUAGAAAAUCUGUACAGAGAAAAGACGUGUCUCAACUUUGUUAAGACACACCAUGGUAAAGAUAAGGUUCUUAAUGGUAAGCUAUUUGUAGAUGCAUUCAGUGAAAAGCAGGUGUACAGCUUUCUUGAUUACAUUUCUAGUGGUUUUGAGCUCAACUUUAUGGUUGCCAUUGACUUUACAGCUUCAAAUGGAAAUCCGAGAAGUUCGGAGUCGUUGCACUAUAUUGACCCCUCUGGCAGAUUGAAUGCUUACCAGCAAGCUAUAAUGGAGGUUGGAGAGGUUUUACAAUUUUACGACUCUGACCGGCGUUUUCCUGCUUGGGGUUUUGGAGGAAUGUUAAUGGACCGCAGUGUUUCCCAUUGCUUUAACUUGAAUGGAAGCCCUUAUGAUGAGGUUGAAGGCAUUGCAGGGAUUAUGGCUGCCUACAACGCUGCUCUACAAUCUGUUGCACUUAGUGGGCCUACUUUAUUUGGCAAUGUAGUCAACAAAGCAGCAGAAAUUGCUGUCCAGUCCCUUCUACAUACUAGAAACAAGUACUACGUAUUGCUAAUCAUUACGGAUGGAGUUCUCACAGAUAUAAAAGAAACUAUAGAUGCUGUGGUAAAGGCAUCUGAUUUACCUCUAUCAAUACUAAUUGUUGGAGUGGGUGCUGCUGAUUUUACGCAAAUGGAGAUUCUUGAUGCUGAUACCAAGAGAUUGGAAAGCACUACAGGUCGAAUAGCUACACGAGACAUUGUCCAAUUCGUCGCUAUGCGUGAAGUUCAAGCAGGACAACGAUCCAUGGUUCAAGAGGUCUUGGAAGAGUUGCCUGGACAAUUCGUGGCGUACAUGCAGAGCAGAGAUAUCAAGCCACUAAACGUGAACACGGAAACUACAUUGCACCAAGCACCCCUUGUGAACCAUCAUCUUUAAUGUUUAAGCAAAUAUUAAUGCUGGAAUUUGAAGUUAGAUCAAGGUUAGAAGAAUGGUUUAGGUUUGAGCAAGUGCAAAUAUUUGUCAUAGAUAUUCUUUUGUAGGGUGUGUUGAUGUCAAAGUUAUUCAUUGGUUUGUUGAUGAGGGGUGUUACAAUGGUGGUUAAAUAUGAGAAUUGAGAGGUGUGAUAUGAUUCCAUAUUUCCUUCAUUCUUUUACUUCCAAUCAUUCUCAUUCUAUAUUGUAUAGUCUAUAUUUGUUGGGGAUUACCAAAUAAAUCCUCAAUUUGUUCAAAUUGUAGAGUAUGAUUUAAGGUUAUAAAUAUGCAUGCACAAAUUGACUUAUGUUGAUCAGUUUUCUAAUUCCUAUAAUAAACUCAAAUCAAUCUACUAAAUGACAAGGAAUUACUCUAAAAACUUAACAAUGCUUACUCAUUUAAUAUUAUAUUAUGAUUGUUGAAUUUCAAACAACCAUGAAAAUAGAAAAAAGAGAAAGAAGAGAAGAAAUUGUGAAGAGGAGGAGAAUACUGUUUUAUUUCAUUUUAUUUCAUAAAUUCUAAUACACUUUUUGGUCUUAUGUUCCCUUUUAUACUACUAAGACUAUCACAAACACUCAUUUAUAACUAAUUGCAAUCUUACUACCAAAUGUUCAUUUCAUGCAUAAAAUUCAGUUCAUGAGUUAAACCCAUAAUUAGUCAACCAUACUUCAGAAGUAAUUAUAAAUAUAAUCUCCAUUUAAAUUAAAUAUACAUUACUACAUAAAGACAAAUCACACUAAAAUAAAUAUCACAAAUUCGUAUCUUUCAUUAGUCAUCAUUUCAAAAUCAUAAAUCUUACCCUGACUUUUUAUGGUGGGUAAAAUUCAAACUCACACAAAUAGUUUCUAAAUACGUAAAUAUAACGUGCCUUUUCAUAUAACUAAAAUCUAGAGCUCUCAAACAUUUACCUUGAACUUUAACAGCUAGCUCAAUCAUCACAAGAUUAAAAACUUAUUGAUCUUAAACAUCUUAUUGAGCUAUUUAAUUACAUUAAAUUUAAGCCCUAUCACGAUUUAAGAAGUUAGUUUUGAACAUAUAUUAAGCUAAAUUAUUUUUAAAACUUUAACAAAAAAAUUAAAGGAAAAAUUACUAGAAAUAAUAUAACUUUUGGCUAAUUUUCUACAAUAAUAAUAAUUUUUUAUCAACCAUGAAUAAUGAAGUAGGUAUUUUCCUUGAAUAACUCUAACAUAUUAAAAAUCAAAGUAUAUGAGAUUAUAUGAUAAAAAAAAAUUGAUAAUUAAUUAAUAAACUAAAGUUAACAUUAUAAAAACCCCAAAGUUAAUGUUGUUCAUAGUUUAUCUAAAGUUAAUAUAAUUGU